GGUAGGGAUUAUUUGAAUAUUGUUGAUAAUUUGGCUGACAAUAGAACCGAAGAAAAGAAAGAAUGUUUUCUAAUUCUUCCCGAAGAAUCAGAAAAAUCUGUGAUAAAGUGCCAGAUUGUUUUAAGUUUCUAG